GUCAGAACCAAUGUGCGCUUGAGCAUUUAGAUUCGGCUCUUCAUACGUGCGAGCCGGUUCCCAACGUUCACCUACAACAGCCGGAACGUUCGCGAACGACCCAUCACUACAGUGUCAGCAGUUCAGGACAUAGCUCCUGUUUUCUGCUUCAAACAGCUUUUAGCUUGAAAAGACACACAGCCAACGUAAAGAUGCCAGUCAAUUUCCCAGAGCUUAUCAAGCUGAAACGAGAUGGUGGUGAACUCAGUCUGGCAGAUAUACAUGCCUUUGUGCAAGGGGUCAAAUCAGCAGACAUCCAGGAGAGUCAAAUAGGUGCAAUGCUUAUGGCCAUAUGGCAGAAGGGUAUGUCGGAUGAAGAGACUCUGGCAUUGACAAAAGCAAUGAUGAACUCUGGGGAGGUGUUUGUCUGGCCAGAGGAAUGGCUUGUUGUGGACAAACACUCAACUGGUGGAGUCGGAGACAAAGUCAGUCUCCCACUCGCUCCUGCUUUGGCUGCAUGUGGCUGUAAGGUGCCCAUGAUAAGUGGGAGAGGAUUAGCACAUACAGGGGGCACACUGGAUAAAUUGGAGUCGAUCCCGGGAUUUGAAGUCAACCAGUCUGUUGAACAGGUGAAGCAGAUCCUUCAGGAUGUAGGCUGCUGCAUUGUAGGUCAGACAGAGACUCUAGUGCCAGCAGAUCGGGUUCUGUAUGCUCUCAGAGAUGCCACUUCAACUGUUGAGAGUAUUCCUCUCAUCACUGGCUCUAUCAUUUCUAAGAAAGGAGCCGAAGGCCUGAGUGCGCUUGUGUUAGAUGUGAAGUUUGGCAGGGCUGCUUUGUAUAAAGAUCUGGACAGUGCUCGUCAUCUUGCCCAGUCACUUGUAACUGUAGGCAACAGGCUGGGUGUGAAGACAGGGGCGGUGCUUAGCCGGAUGGAUGCUCCCAUUGGCCGAUGUGUAGGAAAUGCAGUGGAGGUGUGUGAAGCUCUUGAAUGUCUUAAAGGACGGGGGCCAGAUGAUCUUACAGAAUUGGUCACGGCUUUAGGUGGGUAUCUAUUAUGGAUAAGUGGCCACUGCCACUCCCUAGAGACUGGGAAAAUUGAGAUCACACAAAAACUGAAGAAUGGGGAUGCUUUAAAAAAGUUCCAGGCUAUGUUGGUGGCCCAAGGUGUGCCUGCAGAUGUUGCCCAUUCCCUGUGCUCGGAUGCCACCAAUAACUUUCAGUACAUGAAGAAGGCAGCACAUCAAACAGAGCUUAAGGUGCCACAGGAUGGUACAGUACUGGAGAUUGAUGGUUUGGCCCUGGCCCAAGUGCUGCACAAGUUAGGGGCAGGACGGACUAAAUCUGGAGAGAAAAUCGAUCACAGUGUGGGAGCAGAGCUAUUGGUAGACAUCGGACAGUGGGUAAUGAAAGGCCAAACCUGGAUCAGGAUUCAUCACAACAGCACAGAGCUGAGUACACACCAACGUUCUGACCUGCAGACAGCUUUGGUCAUUGGUAGCAGCAACAGAUAUAAGAUAGAGUCACGUGUGGCAGAAUUCAUAUACCCCAAAUAAUCCCAACAUCACCAUAACACAUCUUUAAGAUGAAUCCUACUUAUUGUGGCUACCAAAAGAUUUCAGAAUGCUUGUGUUUGUACAUAUAACCAGUACACAUUGUUCUAUAUGUUAAGUACUAAGCAUUUGCUAUGAUACGAAUACUUGUGUACAAGUAAGCUAAAGAUCAUUGUUGAACUUUGAGCAAUGAAUAUGCAUCUGGAAAAUAUAUAAACAUAUCUGCUUAACAGUGGCCUCUUAAAUUUUACUGUAGCCCAGAUCUGCUCAGUCCUUCUCCUGGAAAUCCACUUUCCUUCAACGUUCAGUUCUAGCUAUGCUCAAACUCACCUCAUCCAACUUAACUUGAAAAUUAGAGCCAGGUGUGUUGGAACAAAACUCUGCAGGAAGAUGGAUCUCCAAGAGCUGGAUUGACAAUUCAGGCAUAGUAGGUGACUGCUGCCACCACUUACUCAUAUGAAGACAGCAGCUUUGCUCCACAAAAUUUUAGUCCAGCCCUUCCUGUACAUAAAUGUCCAUGUUGGUACCUUAAGAUAUUUAUAGGCUUGCAAAUAAAUUGUGACUUUCAUUUAAAAUGCA